AUGCGCGAUGGCAGCCCAUUUCAAUUCGAUCGGUGUUUGAAUGUGUGCGUCCGUGUGUGUGUGUUUGUGUGCGCGCGCUAUUCCGGAGCCGAUUGAUUGAGACUCAAGAUGAUGUGAAUUUAUUCCCAUUUUUUCUGGCUCUAUUGUUCGGAGUUUGGCUGGAGUUGCAGCCAUGGCGCAGCGCAACCACAAGUACGAUCGUCAGCUCAGAAUAUGGGGGGAGCAUGGUCAGACUGCGUUAGAACGAGCACGCGUUUGUGUUCUCAAUUGUGGUCCUUCUGGCUCGGAAGCUUUGAAGAAUUUAGUCCUAGGAGGGAUAGGCUCUUUCACUGUUGUGGAUGCAUCCAAAGUCACUGAAUCGGAUUUGGGCAAUAAUUUCCUGGUUGAAUGGGAAAAUCUGGGACAAUCCAAGGCAAAGAGUGUAUGUGCAUUGCUUCAGGAGCUGAAUGAAUCAGUCGGCGCCAAGUUCGUUGAAGAGUCGCCAGAAGCUUUGUUGGAAUCUAACCCGGCAUUCUUCGCACAGUUUACUCUUGUUAUCGCAACGCAGAUGACCGAGGCGGCUUUACUGAAGUUGGAGGAAAUAUGUCGUCAGCAAAAGGUUAUGCUUGUAAUUGCUCGCUCCUAUGGCUUGGCGGGACUUGUUCGAUUAUCUAUUGGGGAGCAUGAUGUAAUUGAGUCAAAACCAGACAGCAAAGUGGAGGAUCUUCGGCUUCAUAAACCUUGGCCUGAACUUCAAAGCUACGUUAAUGAAUUCGACAUUGAUACCCCAGAUAAUAACUUGCACAAACAUAUUCCAUUUGCAGUACUCCUGAUAAAAAUUUCAGAAGAAUGGAAAAAAGCACACGAUGGCAAGUUACCACCAAAUGUUAGAUUGUUCAAGGAAGCAAUCUCUGCAAGGAGGCGGGUUGAAGAAGAAGAAGACAAUUAUACUGAAGCUUUGAAAAAUGCAUACAUUGUGUUGUUUCCUCCCCAAAUUAAUUCGCAAUUACAUGCUGUUCUGGAUGACAAAGCAGCGGAUGUUGAUGCGUCAUCUUCUGACUUCUGGGUCAUGGUUGCUGCUCUCAAGCUAUUCAUGGCCAAUGAGGGUCAAGGAGAUCCUCCAUUGGAUGGUGCAAUUCCAGACAUGCAUUCCUUUACAGACUACUAUAUUAAGUUGCAAAUGAUAUAUCAAGCACGAGCAGAGGCUGAUUUAAUAGCUAUGGAAGGACAUGUGGCUCGCAUAUUGAAGCGAAUUGGCCGGGAAUCUUCUCCUAUACCUAGAAGUACAUUAAAACUGUUUUGCAAGAAUGCUCGUAAUUUAAAGGUAUUGAGAUGUAAGAGGUUGGGUGAAGAGUUUAGUCCCCGGUCAGGGCCUGAGCUUCAGAGACUUCUUGCCGUUGAAGAAAGCAGUCAUCCAGCUUUGUAUGUGCUGCUUCGGGCAGUAGACCACUUUUCUGCAACUUACAAUAGAUUUCCGGGUGUCUUUGACCGGGAGAUGGAGGAGGAUGUAUCAAGGUUGAAGGCGUUAGCGGUAGGUCUAUUAAAUGACAUGGGGGGAGGUGGAGCAAGUCUUCCUGAAGACAUAAUUAGCGAAGUAUGUCGGUUUGGAGCAGGCGAAAUGCACUGUGUGGCAUCAAUUGUGGGGGGAAUUGCUUCUCAAGAAUGCAUUAAGUUGUUGACGGGGCAAUUCACACCAAUUCAAGGAGUGUUCAUCUAUAACGCUAUGAGUGCCACCUCCUUAGUGCUAAAUCUGUAGUUCGCAGCUGUUCUAAUAUCUCCUGCAACGGCUUCCUCUGCAGGUUACUAGGGGGGACAUUCGCCAUUCUGCAAUCUUAGACCUUUCGUUCGUUUUUGCUCUCUGAUCUGCUAGGUAAUUCUGAUUACACUGAAUAUUAGCUUCAGCAAUCGCAAACAUUAGAUAAGGUGCAUGGAGUGUACAGAAACUACUAAGGGUGGUUCUCCUCCCCAUUAACAGAUGAUAUGCAGACCUUCACUUUCCACUUGUAGUGGUCGGCUGUUCGUAGCUACUAGAGAUGAUUUUUAUAAUUGCAACGUUUCAUGGAUAACGUUUCUGUGUCAAAUGAUCAGCAUAUUUGAUGGUUU